AUGUAUUCUUUGACGAUUUGCGCGUGCCUCCUGGUCCUGGCGCGCUUGGGCCUCACGCUUCCGCAUGACAGUUCACGAGCGGCUGGGUUGGAGCAGGGGGCGUGGAGCAAAGGGGGCGUCGAUGUGCCUAUUUAUAGACGCAAGCGCGCGGCGGCGGGCGGUGAGCGCGUGCAGAGACGCGGGUACAGUGGGACUGUUGGGCUAGGCGACUUCGCGGACUUGUUUUACACUGUCCCAAUCACCAUUGGGUCUCUCCAAACUGCAGUGAACCUCGACACCGGAUCCAGCGACCUCUGGGUUACUUCAGAUGCCUGCAAAACCAGCAUCUGCAAGCGCACCAACAUGCCGCCCUACCCCACCGCCAAGCUCAACCGCACCGGCGCAUCCGUCGCGCUCUUCUACGGCGACUCCCUCACCGGCACGCACGCCAUCGGGCCUGUGGGCCAGGACACCGUCGCCCUCGCGGGGCUGAGCAUCCCGCAGCAGCCGUUUGCGGCGAUAUCGGAUACCAACAACACGAGCGUGAUGACGGGCGCGAACGGGAUUUUCGGGCUUGGAUUUCCGAGCGAGAGUCAAGUGCAGAAUGUCGUGGUCAAUAAGAAGUUCAAUAACCCCGUGCCGACAGAUGACUUUAUCCAAAGCUCGUCCUCCGAAGGGCCUCUCUUAUCCCGCCUCGCCAUGUCCGGCCACUUGGAACAGCCAAUGUUUACCAUCGCGUUGCAGCGCGAUACGAUCGACAUCGGCGGCCAGGACGGCGCGCUGACGAUCGGGCGGCUGCCGGACGGCGUGGACAACUCGUCGUUGACAUGGGUCCCCGUGAAGCUGUACACUCCCGCCGAGGGCGGCCUAAAUCCCCCAUCGUUCUCUCCGCAGGAGAUCUACCCGCUGCGCUGGGAAGUUAAUCUCGACGCCGUGUUUGUCGAUGGCCAGAAGCUGCCCAACUCGAAGAUCCCCGCUAACGGUCUCUCGAACCCCGGCGUAUCCGCGCUCAUCGACACCGGCAACUCACUCCUCCGCGGCCCACAAGACCUCGUCUCCUCCGUCCUGAAAUCCGUGUCCCCCGCGUUCGCGGCGAACCCCAAUGUAGAUCCGACGUUCCCCUGCGCGACGGCGCACAACCUGUCGUUCCAGAUCGGCGGGAAGGUAUUCCCGAUCGACCCGCGCGACUUCGUGUCGCAGAACAAGACGGGCGACGCGCAGACGUGUGUGGUCAGCAACCUCGUGUCGACGGAUCCGCCGAGCGUCGGGGCGCUGUUCAGCUGGAGCCUGGGGGACCCGUUCUUCAAGUCGAACCUCGUCGCGUUCUACUACGGCAACUUGACACACCCGUCUCUCGACCCGCCCCGCAUCGGCUUCCUCUCGCAAGUCCCUACGAACGCGAGCGCGCUCCUUACCGAGGCCGUCGAAGACGCCAAGGACAACGGCGGCAAUUUCGAAAUCACGUCCGAAGCUGCGCCUGUUGGUCCCGCCACCACUAUCUCCAUCGCGCCCUCCACCAUCUCCAUCCCCACAUCGACAGCUGCCUCACGCACCGCCGUGCCCAUCGCCUCAGGUGCCGUACCGAGCGCUACGGCGUCCGGUGCCGUUGACAGACAGGCGAGCGGUGCUGCGCGUGCAGCGUCGUCGCGCGUGGGGCCCGCGGGCGUGCUGGCAGCCACGAUAGUGUGGGCGCUGUGCCAUCUCGUUUUAUGACCGAUCGAGAUCCGACGGAUUCUUGCAGCCGCGCGCGGCGCGUGGAGCUGGCGCGGCUGCGUAUUUCUGACCUUGUACUUACCUCUCGCGAGGCGGGGCUUGAUGCCUUGUCCUCUACCGACGCCUAGGGCCCGAGGGUGCCCGCUGGGCAGGCGCGCCUGUCCCCCAGUCCGAGCAUCCGAGCAUAGUCCAUAUUGUCGCGUCUGAUGGGUCUGGGCUGCAUCUUGGUCAAACUCGCUUUGUUUUUUGGGCUUGAGGUAAUACUAAUGGACUUGGGUUGUGUAGGCGGUAGUUUGGUGGUAUUGCAUUGGACCUUGGCGCUGAU